AUGUACAACCAGCAGCUAUUGCAGCACCAGCUUUGCGAGUUAUCAUCGCAUGUGGAAACUGGAAGAAUUUCACCAUUUAUGCGACGAGCUUCCUCGGAGAACCACUCAACGAAUGAAUUUCCAUACGUGAUUUCAGCUCGAGACUCAGCCAGAGAUUUUCCAUUUUCUUGGGUUAAAAUUUUUGCUAACUCUUCAGAAUGCUGGACCAUUAAGUUGUACCAGUUUCGAAGCAAGUUAGCGCGAUAUUUAGCCGUAGUAUUGCGAAAUGUCUUGAAUGCUUCGGUGGCUGCAUCAAUGGCGAGUUUAGUAUCCUGGAUAUUCAUGUCGGGGACUGAAGUAAUUACAGCUUUGGUAGCUGGAUUGACGACUUCGAAUUUGGCGUUUCCUUGGGCAGCAACCCAUUUUCCAUUGAUGAAUCCUUGGUUUUUGAGCAACGAAAAUUUACGUCGUAGACCCGGAGAUGCAAUGCUUGUCAAUAGAUUCUUAGAUGACAACAUUUUUAACUGUAAAUAUUUUUAA